AUGAUCAAACCCAAUAUCCUUGCAACGUUGCAGGGUUCUGCUCUCCAGGAGCCAGACUUUGAACCGAUACCCUGGGAAGACCCACGCGAGAGACGAAACCCCCACAACUGGCCAAUCUGGAAGAAACUGUUCCACACGGUUGUGCCUUGCAUUCUGGCCUUCGUGAUCACGUUCGGAACAUCGGUCAAUGAAGCCGCGCUCGAUCUGAUAGCGAUCAGAUUUAACGUAUCUCGGACUGUAUCCAUGCUCACGCUCACGGUAUACACACUUGGUCUGGCCUUCGGGCCUCUAUUCAUAGCACCGCUAUCAGAGACUAUUGGCCGCCGUCCGGUCUAUGUCUUCACCUCGUCCUGUUUGUUGGCUUUCAGUGCUGGUGCCGGGGCCGCGAACAAUCUUGCAACCCUACUCGUAUGCCGUGGGCUGGCGGGGGCUUUGGGGUCUGCUGGCGUUGCGAUCGGUGCGGGCACGCUGGCUGAUAUCUGGGAUCUGGAAAAAGAGGGGGGUCCUGCAUCCUUGCUCUUCAUCCUAGGUCCUUUCCUUGGGCCCACGAUGGGCCCACUCGCCGGGGCUUAUGUUCUGAAGGAUCAAGAUAGUGACUGGAGAUGGACGCAAUGGGUCAUGGCCAUUCUCUGCGCGGUGGUCUGGCUUGGCGCGGUUCUGAUGCAGGAAACUAUGAAGGAGAGAAUCUUGAGCAAGGUCAACAAGAACAACAAUCACUCUAGAAAAGAGGAAGAUUCGCAACAGCAGCCGGACACCAUGAAGCCCUCCCUGCAAGACUUCAUCACUACGGGGCUUGGACGGCCCGUGAAGCUUUUGUUUACGGAGGUCAUCGUGUUCUCAUUGACCCUGUAUACAGCGUUCGCCUACGCCAUGAUUUUCAGCUAUUUCGCCAGCUCUUCCUACGUCUUGACGGUGUAUUAUGGAUUCAACUGGCGGCAAAUUGGACUUAGCUUUAUCAGCGUGAUCGUCGGAUAUGUUCUUGCAGCGUUCAUGUUCGGGGUUUUCGACAAGACUCUGUACGUCAGGGCACGUGUGGCUGGCGGAGGCGUUGCCGCUCCUGAGCAUCGCCUUUACUCGGCUAUGGCAGGCAGCGUACUUUUACCGGUGGGGCUAUUUUGGUACUCUUGGGAAGCUCACGCCGGCGGCCACUGGGCUGCCCUUGUCUGUGCAGGGAUCCCUUUUGGAGUGGGAGCGUUUUCUCUUUUCCUAUCAACCAUCACCUAUCUUGUUGAUGUCUAUCAAGCCGGAGCUGCAGCAUCGGCACUGGCCGCCAAUGGAGUUAUUCGAUAUAUAUUGGGCGCGACGUUCCCCCUAUUUACCGUGCAGAUGUACGAGAAACUUGGCGUGCACUGGGCGGGCAGUCUCUUUGCCUUCCUGUCGCUCCUUCUGCUACCAAUCCCUUGGGCACUCUUCAAGUACGGGGCUUCGUUGCGCGGGGGCAAGAAAUACUCGGGGUAGUGUAGAGUUUUCCACACCGAUUCUGAUUGAAUCUCAUAUUCUGAAGUUGUUAUAGAUGGAUGGACGAAUUGGAGUUUGUAUAGAGCUUGGUGGUUAAUUUUCCUUGAGUCUCAAGGAG